AUGGAAAGUUUGAUAAAAGAAAUGCAAGAUCCAGAAACCGGUGUACCAGUGAGAUGUCAAAAAUUAUUUCUCAGCGUCAUACCUUCUGCUUUCAUGGGCUACGAUCUUGUCGAGUGGCUUAUGGAAAGAUUUAAUCUUGACGAAGCAAACAAUGUUGAAGCAAUGAAUUUAGCUAACCAGCUCUGUCAAUACGGAUACUUCUUUCCUGUCAAUGAUUUAAAGAAUCUUGUUUUAAAGGAUGACUCUUCUCUGUAUAGGUUUCAAAGUCCAUACUACUGGCCGUGGCAAGGGCCGCGCGUGGGCGGCGGGUCGGGCGCGCCGGCGUUGGGCCCCGACAACGUAGAGUACGCCAUCUACCUGGUAAAGCGUACCCUGCGCAACAAGCAGCGCCACGGCCUCGAGGACUACGAGCUGGAGGCGCUCGCCAACCUCAAGAAGAACCUCGCUGCUAAGUGGGACUUCAUCACCAUGCAAGCCGAGGAGCAGGUGAGGCUAGCAAAGGACCGUAAGAAGGACGACAAGGUAGUGAGCGACAGCCAGGAGCGGGCGUACUGGCGCGUGGCGCGGCCGCCGCCCGGCGUCACCUCCGCGCUCGAGUCCUGCCCCGUGCCAGUGCGCGUGCGCCAGCCGCGCCCCAAGAAGCGCUCCAUACACCAGCUCACCAAAGAGAUCGAGCAUCUGAAAGCGAGCUUGGAUCGUACGCGAGUGAAGACAUCGACUGUUAUAGAGGCGCUCGACGCGUACGCAGAGACCUUCGCUCCAUACGACGCCUGGUUAACGCCGCCACAGCCUUCUAAUCCUUGGAUUUCUGAGGACCCGCUUUUCUGGCAAAUUAAUAGUCCUCUAGUGGAGAUACCGACCGAGAAGCGCGUACAGCGGUGGGCGCUGUCGAUAGAGGAGCUGGUCUCCGACCCCACGGGCCUGCAGGAGUUCACCAGUUUCCUGCGUAAGGAGUACUCUCACGAGAACAUCAGGUUCUGGCUCGCGGUCAUGGAUCUGCGGCGCAGCAGCCCCAAGCAAAUACCUAAGAAGCUUGAGGAGAUUUACGAAGAGUUCCUGAAGCCGGGCGCGCCGUGCGAGAUCAACAUCGACGGCGCGACGGCGGAGCGCGUGGCGGAGGGCCUGCGCGGCGGAUCGCGGUACGCCCUGGACCACGCCGCAGACCAUGUGUACGGCCUGCUGCUCAAGAAGGACUGCUACCCGCGCUUCAUCCGCUCAGACCACUUCCAGAGGCUACUCACCGAGGGCAAGAACGUGCACCAGAAGAAAGCCAAGUUCUUUAACUUCGGCGGGCAGGUGAAGAAGAAGCCGGGGUCGGGCGCUGCGGGCGGUGCGGGCGGCGCGGGCCUGGCGCGGCGGCGAGGCUCCGACCGCUCGCUGUCGGGCUCCGCGCACGAGCUAGCAGUCUGCGCCGCGCAACCGCCGCGCGCGCCCGACCCGCCACCGCACAGCCACUCGCAGUCCAACCUCUGCGAUAUUCCAUUUAGAGAUCCUCUAGAUGAUGAUACGGCAGAUGUUCUGCCUUGGGAGUGUACGUCGAGGGACGGCGUUUAUGGCGGUGCGAGUAGGAGACGUCAAGAUUCCGCCGCCGACUCCGGCAGCUCCUCGUCGGAUGUGAGCUCCGCGGUGGCCGUGGCCGAGAGGACGCGACGCCUCCCGCAGCAGAGUACGCUGGAUGGAGGCCUCCGCGGGGCGCCGCCGCCGCUGCGGCGCCUGUCCGCGGUGGAGCCACGCCAUCUGGCGCCGCUGGGGUCGCCGCCGCACUCGCCGCGCCCUCCGCGUCCCGCGCCUACUGCGCCGCCCGCAUCCGCCGGGCCACCCGCGCCGCCCCACCCAACGCCCACAAUCAGCGUCAGCUCGGCCCCGGACGACGAGUCGGCCGACUCUCCGGCCGGGACCGGGUCCCCUGAGGAGCGGCGCUCCGUCGCCGCCUCCGACGAGCCCUCCUCGGUGUUCGCGUCGGCCGACGCCACGCCGACAGAGCCCACCGUCGCCAAUUUCAAAGCUCUCGACGAUCGUUGUGCGCUCGCUAUUGUAAAAACGAUAUCUUCUUCUUUUUCUAGUGGUGACGCGAGAACUGAUGUUUCAAACGUAGAUAUUAAAGUGGUAGAGGAGCCGUCGACCGAGGCGCAGUCGUCCGAGUCGUAUGACGAGUCCGCCGCCUCCGGCGGGGAUUCCAGGGUCUCCGAGUGGACGAAGUGGCCCGAAGACGACGUCGUUUCCGUGCAAAGAUCGCUCUCUCGAGAACCGUCGACGACGAAAGAAAUCAGCCCGGCCUCAUGUAAAGAUAUAAGCGGCAGAAUCGGCGAACUUCCGGAGAGCGAAAGCUACAAUGUAGAAGCCGAUGACGGGUCAGAAAUAGAUUGUCCCGUUCAUGGAAUUAAAAAAUUAGUUGGUGGAGAAGUAAACCCAUCGGAGGUAGAAUCGUUUAGUACGUCUACACCGGAGCCGACAGAGCAGUCUGCGAGGAGUGCGGUGAGUGAGUCUUCGAGCGGAGCGUGCCGGACGGCCGCGGUGAGCUCGGUGAGCCUGGUGAGUGCGGCGGCGGAGAGCGUGCGGGCGCCGGUGGCGCCGCUCGCGGUGUGCGAGGACAUCGUGGACGAGGAGACCGCGGACAAAGCACCUUCGGAAUCGUCGCAGCGGCCGGCGGGGGAGUGCAAGGCGGCGUCGGAAUCCGACGCGAUCAAAAAAAUUGCUCAUAAAGAUGAACUGUCGUCGGUUUCUGAAUCCAAUAUUGUUAAGCGAGAGAAUAUAGGCGGUAUCGGAGAACGCAAGCAGCGAAACGACAUAUGUCCGUGGGAGGACGAGAAUUCGUGCGAAAGUGACGCUCCAUUUGUUAAAACUUAUGCUACAUUAGGUUAUUUAUAAUUUACGUAGUUGAUAUUAUUUUAAGUUGAAAUUAAAUGAAGUGUUUAAUUUUUGAA